UUUUUUUGAGUGUAUCUCCAAAACUGGAAAAACACCUCCCCAGGCUUAAAAAUCAAAACCCUUUCUGCCCAAAACCCAGUGGCAGAGCAUAUCAGAGCUGAGCAGUGUCACUCUACAAAUCUAUAUCUAACAUACUCAACUGCCACCGUCGAUUCUCGAACCUUCCAAUUCUUCCCACCCCCGUCACAAACGAUGUCGGAAUCAAUUUGCAGAUCCUUACGCGACGGCGCGUUAGAAGGAGAACUCUCUCCCACUCUCACUAUCAAAGACACUCUCUCUUCACCUUUCGCAUUCAACGUUUUCUCUCACAUUCUUCUUCAACUUUCCUCACCAAAAUCUCACUCCAACACUGCUAUUCUCAUCGUUGCACUUUCUCGGAGUCCCUCAUUUUAUGCUCAUUUGUUGAAAAACAAGGGAAUCGAACUUUCUUCUUCUAACAAAUGGAUUCAUGUUUUGGAUUGUUAUACAGAUCCUCUUGGUUGGAAGGAUAAGACAAGGAAAUCUGGAAAUGUUACGAUUCCUUCUGACCAAAUUUCACUUGCUACUACUUCUUACAAAUCUGUCAAGGAUAUGGAUAAGUUGUUUUUGGCGAUUACUGAAUUGGGAAGAGGUUUAGUUGGAGAAAAUAAAGUCCGCUUUUGUGUUGCCAUAGACUCGCUAAGUGAACUGUUGAGACAUGCAUCUUUGCAGUCAGUCGCAGGCCUUCUAAGCAAUCUGCGUAGCCAUGAUCAAAUUUCAAGUAUAUUUGGAUUAUUGCAUUCUGACCUUCAUGAGGAGAGGGCUGCAACUGCUCUUGAGUACAUGUCCUCGAUGGUGGCUAGUGUAGAAUCAGAUCAUCAUUCUUCCGAGAACUCCUUAUCGGAGAAAAACUUUACCCAAGGAAAAUUUAAUGUCAGACUCAAACGCAGAAAUGGACGAGUUAGAGUGACGUGUGAAAAGUUUAAAGUUGAAGCAGGAGGAAUCAGCUUUACUUCUGUUUCAGCAGAAGAUGGAACGACCGUUGCAGGCUUACUGCCAAAGGUACAAUUCAAUCUCCAACUGUCAGAGAAGGAGCAAGUUGAUAGGGCAAAGGUUGUGCUUCCUUUUGAACACCAAGGAAAUGGUGCACCGAUUCAAAUUUAUGAUGGUAGAAGAUCCCUUGAAGAGAGCAGCAGUGACGGGGCACCUCUUUCAAAGGGUAAAAAGGAGGACUCAGACCUAGGUGAGAUUAUAUAUUUUCGUGAUUCAGAUGAUGAGAUGCCAGAUUCCGAUGAAGACCCAGAUGAUGAUUUAGAUAUAUGAAUGUGCUUUAGUUAGUGUCUUAUGUAUUUCUAGGUGACUUAGAUUAGGAUUGUGAUCAAACAAAAUUAUUUAAAAAAAAAUCUGCCCGAUAUUGUUUAGCCAAUGUUGUCAAAAUUGCGCGUUAAAACGUAAAAUUGCCCUAUUUUGAGCGACUUGACUUGCAGUGAAAUCGAAAUACAAUCCGAUUUUGAGCAA